GAAUGUUUCUUCUCCUCCUCCUCCAUCUCGACUUGCGAUAUAUUUUGACCUAAAAGCACCUUCACUCUCUCUCGAAGCUCUUUUGAAGCUCGAUUUGCGGAAAAUGGAGUUUCUUCAUACUCACAGGGCUGAGACGAUAAGCAUGGCAGUUGCUCUUGUGGCCAUUAUCGGCGGUACCGCUUACUAUUACUAUGUCACCAAAAAGCCUAAAGGUUGUUUGGACCCGGAGAACUUCAAGGAAUUUAAACUAGUUCAACGCACACAACUCAGCCAUAAUGUGGCCAAGUUUAGAUUUAGUCUUCCAACACCUACCUCAGUGUUAGGACUUCCCAUUGGACAACAUAUAAGCUGCAGAGGGAAAGACAGUCUUGGUGAAGAAGUUGUCAAACCAUACACUCCAACAACAUUGGAUACUGAUGUUGGAUACUUUGAUUUAGUCAUAAAGAUGUAUCCACAAGGAAGGAUGUCCCACCAUUUUCGAGAGAUGUGUGUAGGUGAUUACUUGGCUGUGAAGGGACCUAAGGGACGCUUCAAGUACCAACCCAAUGAAGCUAGAGCUUUGGGCAUGAUUGCUGGCGGCACUGGCAUCACGCCAAUGUUUCAGGUUACGAGAGCCAUACUGGAAAACCCACAAGACAGUACUAACAUACAUCUGAUUUACGCCAAUGUUACCUAUGAUGACAUUCUCUUAAAGGAAGAGCUGGACGAAUUUGCACUCAAGUUCCCAAGUCAAUUCACAGUUUAUUAUGUUCUAAAUCAGCCACCAGAAGAAUGGGAUGGCGGUGUCGGAUUUGUGUCCAAGGAAAUUAUCCAAGCACAUUGCCCUGCACCAGCUGCUGAUAUCAAGAUGUUAAGGUGUGGACCACCUCCAAUGAAUAAGGCCAUGGCUACUCAUCUUGAAGCACUUGGAUACAGUUCCCAGAUGCAAUUUCAAUUCUAGUUCCUGCAUAGACCGUUUUUCGCUUUUACUUUUAACAAAUAUACAAGGGGUUAAGGUGCAAAUUUACCCAUAAAUUAUUUUGUCAAGAGUACUAGACACCAUAAACUUUUCUUGAAUGCAAAACUACACAUAAAGCUUUUAAAAUGGUGCAACAAUACCACAGCCGUUGCCAUUGAUCGUUUAACAAAUGUGAUGACUAAGAAAAUGGUGAAAAAAUACACAUUUUUUACAAUGUGAAAAAAAACACAAUUUAUAAAAAAAACUGUAUUUUUGCAUCAUUUUCCUGACAUGUAUGUUGGCUAAACGGUCAUGGCAAAUUUGCACAGCUUUAGAAACUUUAUGUAUGUUGUAUGCUUCUGUAUUUGGGAAAAGUUUAUAGUGUUAAACGUCCAUAGCAUAAUACUUAUGAUAAAUUUACACCUUUUUCCAAUGUGCAACACAUUUAUAAAGAGGAGCUUUUUCCAUCCUCAUACCUCGAGAUGUGACAAUAAAUUACUGCUGAUGUAACGAGGCAGAUUAGAAAGUUUAUGUUGUAGUAACGAAUUCAGGAUUAUCCCAAAUUAAUGGCUGUCUUUAUGCGAGUAGCUUAAAUAAUAAGCACGCGUUUUUCAUUA